UAUAUUUCCUUAAAUUACAUCAUCCUAUUGCGCCAUUGCGGUAAGCUGCAUGCAUCUCAGGCCUGGGCGGGCAAUGGGCUUGCACCAGGCACUCGCGCUCUGUGUGGACCACUGUGAUGCAGCAGGACUUACAGGUGAUGGUAGCUGGUUUAAGACUGUAGUAUUGGCUGGAGGAAGCGCAUGUUUGCCAGGGCUUGCAGAAAGGCUAGAGAAAGAACUGCAUGACUAUCUUCCUUCAUCUAUAUGCAAUGGAAUCAGAGUAAUCCCUCCUCCUUGCGGCGUGGACACAGCGUGGCAUGGGGCAAAGCUUAUCAGUAACUUAAGCACCUUCCCAGGUCCUUGGUGCAUCACAAUAAAGCAGCUGCCUCGCAAGUCAAGACUAAUGCGGUGAAUCUCUUAGUUUUCUUUACUUCCCCUCCCUUUGCAAAGACC